GGCGGGGGCAAGUGUCAGAAUAUUGUCUGAGUCGGACAUGAUCUACUUUUGUUGUUCAGUCACUGUAUCAGUGAAAGGGAUAACAACAGACAGGACUGCGGUCACUACACAGGUCACUACACAGUUAUUCUGCGCCACUGCGUGAUCAAGCUGGGUGCUUGAAAUAGAACCAAGGCAGCUGUGUCCGAAAAUAACCCCUCACGCACCCCCACAUGGGGCAACUGUCUCCUCUACGGUAGAGCCCCGCGCAGACACAGGCACACAGAAAGCACGCAUAGACAAGGUUAGCGGGAAGAGAGACAGAGACGAACGAGUGAGCAGAGAAAGAGAAAGGAAAGAGGGAGAGAGUGGAGAGAGAGAGAGAGAGAGAGAGAGAAACCGAAGGAGCGGCGGUGUAGCAGUGAGCAGUGAAAUGAAGACUCUGCGGUUUCUGGCGGCGGAAGGCGUCGCUAACGGGCGGACGAGACCGGAGGAUCUUUGCUCGGUGGCCUAUGAUCUUUACCCGGUCCUGUUCAAGGCCUGCUACCUGCACGAGCGGCCGCAGCUGCUGCGCCACCUAGUGGAGGCCUGGCCGCUGCCGCAGCUGGACCUGCAGGAGCUGCUGGGACGCACGGCGGACUGCCCGGAGGACCUGACGUCGCGCACGUGCCGGCUGUGCCUGGAGGCGCUGCUGACGGGGCUGCGGGACCACGUCCUGCGCGCCAGCGCCCCCUACGCCCGGGCCAUGCGCAAUGCGGACCUGACGGCGCUGCGGGACGCGCAGCACCAGGGCUGCGCCUGCGGGCGAACGCUGGGCCGCUGGGGCCGCACCGAGCUGCUCACGCGCAUGUGCUGCGACGCGCUGCUCGCCACGCAGGGGGAUGGCGCCGCAGCCACGCCCGCUUCCCCGCCCACAGCCACGCCCGCUGCCCCGCUCACAGCCACGCCCGAUGCCACGCCCACAGCCACGCCUGCUGCCCCACCCACAGCCACGCCUGCUUCUGCCCCACUCACCGCCCUGCCCGCCACGCCCGCCGAUGCCACACCCGCCGCCACACUCGCUGCCACGCCCCAAGCCCCGCCGGCCGCCCCGGCCGUGGACGUGUGGCUCAACGCGUUCGUGACGGGGCGGAACUUUGAGGCGGUGUCGCGGGUGCUGCUGCUGCGCCAGCACUCGCCGCUGCGGCCCUGCCUGGCGGGUUUCCGCGGCGACUCGCUGACCCUGAAGCAGCUGUUCCAGGCGCUGGCGCUGGCGGGCACGGAGCACCUGCAGCGGCUGGAGGUGGUGCACAACGUGCCGCUGGAGGCCGCGCACCUCCACCUGCUGCUGAAGGAGCUGGCCUUCCCCCGCCUCCGCGCCCUCACCCUGCCCACCGGCGCCCUGGACGUCCGCCGCCUCCAGCCCGACCGCCUCCACCUGCUCACCUCCAUCGGCGAGCAGCUCAGCCAGCUCACGGAGCUCACGCACCUGUACCUGGCCUUCUCCACCCUCACAGGACACCUGCGCCGCCUGCUGAGCCCACUGCACACGCCGCUGCAGGCGCUGGAGCUGGCCAACUGCGGGCUGAACGCGGUGGACAUGGCCUACCUGGCCAACAGCCUGCACGCGGAGCACCUGGGCAGCCUGGACCUCAGCGGCCACGACCUGGCCACCGUCUUCCCCCGGACCUUCCAGAAGCUUCUCCAGCGGGGCGGAGCCUCGCUGCGCAGCCUGACGCUGGAGGAGUGCUCCCUGGGCGAGGCGCAGGCCGACUUCCUGCUGCAGGCGCUGGCGCCCUGCCGCGCCCUCCGGGAGCUGAGGAUCCUGGGAAACCCGCUGGGCGUGGCGGCGCUGCGGCGGCUGUUCGGCGCGCUGGCGGCACUGCCGGACCUGCGCUACGUGGAGCUGCCCGUGCCGCGGGACUGCUACCCGCCCGACGCGGUGUACCCGCUGGACGAGGCCGCGCUGGGCCAGUACGACCGGGCCGGGUUCGAGCGCGCCCGCGCCAACCUGCUGAGCGUCCUGCAGAGCGCCGGCCGCGGGGACGUGGAGGUCUGCACCCCGCUGUUCGGCGCCUUCGACCCCGACAUCCACGAGACCAGCAACGAGCUGGGCGUGGCCAUGCUGCACUCCUUCAGAGAGGCCCUCGGCAACUACAUGUACACCGUGGCACACAGGGAGUGAGACUACACACACACACACGCAUACACACGCAUACACACACACAUACACUACACACAGAGUGAGACUACACACACACUACACGCACACACACGCAUACACACACUACACGCACACACACACACACACACGCAUACACACACUACACACCCACACACACAUAGAGUGAGACCCCACACACACACAGAGUGAAGCAGAGACCACACACACACAAGCACUCUCACACAUACACACACACACAGGCAUACAUGUGCACAGGAAAAAAAGAGAACAUUUUUUCAGUGGAUUUUUUUGGGAUAUUAGGUUUUUUUGUUUUUAACUUAACUGGACAUUGCAGGGAAAUAGUAUUUUUGAGUAUAUUAGCUUGAAUAAUUAUUGAAUCUGCAAAUAAGAUGUACACACCAUUUCAUUCCUAUUACAAUAAGGGGAAAAUACAGUGAAAUUCUCCACGGAGAGUAGAUGCAGCAGCCAACCCUCCACCUAGCUACCAGAGAACUGACCCUGAAUCAGUGAUCACCACCAAAGAGAACUGACCCUGAAUCAAUUAUAAACACCAAAGAGAACUGACCCUGAAUCAGUUAUAAACACCAAAGAGAACUAACCCUGGAUCAGCUAAGACCAGCUGUUUUUUAUCAUGUUGCCGUUUCACUGCUUGAUGUGCUGUAUGAGAGAUUGGUGACAGAAUAAUAAACACUUGAGCCAGUGUCAGAAA